CCCAACAAACUCACUAUCCCUCACUACCUACUCACCUUAUUUGAUUCUCAGUCUCGGCGCAGAAAAGAGACGCCUCUAAAAAAUCACCUGAAAAUAGGGCAUAUCGCCACUUCCAUCGCAUUCGGCACCGGAAAUGUCCACCCGCAAAUACAACGAAUUCCUCGACAUCGGCGGCUCGAGCGACGACGAAGCCAACGAUCGCGGAUAUGACUCCGAAGCCGCGGAGGAAAGCAAAAUUGGGAAUGCGAAACGGAGACGCACGAAGCAGACACAUGAUCUCUUAGGAGACGACGAGUCGGACGGAUCGGAAAACGAGGCGUCGGAAGAUGAAGACGAGAAAUUGUCCGCUGCGAAGACGAAGGGGAAAGGAAAGAAGAAGACAACAACGAAAACGCCAACGACGAAGAAGCGCGGCGAUGGAGAUGAUGACGACGAGGAGGAAAAUGAAGAGGACGACCUCGGUGAUCAAUAUCUUGAGUUAGCGGACGACGACGAAACGAGCACCAAAGCAUCGAAAAGCAAGAAACCAAGCACGGACAAGACCAAGCCAGAAAAGAAGGAAAAGAAGAAGAAGAAGCCGGGCGUCGUCUACCUCUCCUCGCUCCCACCGUACAUGAAACCAUUCGCACUGAAAUCGCUCUUCGAGACGCGCGGCUUCGGACCCAUCACGAAAGUAUUCCUAUCGCCCGAAGUGAGACCAGCGUCUGCGCCGCGGCGCCGCUCCAACAAGCGCAAAACCUACUCCGACGGAUGGGUGGAGUUUGCAUCGAAGAAGACGGCGAAGAUCUGCGCGGAGACAAUGAACGCGUCGAUUAUCGGCGGUCGCAAGGGCAGCUGGUACCAUGAUGAUAUCCUCAACGUGAAAUACCUCACUGGGCUGCGGUGGGAUGACCUGGUGGAUCAAAUCCAGAGGGAGAGGAAGGAGAGGGAGGCCAGGCAGCGGAUCGAGGAUGCGCGGACGCGCAAGGAGGACCAGGUGUUCUUGGAAGGAGUGGAGCAGGGCAAGGUGUUGGAUGGGAUGCAGAAGAAGAAUGAGGACAAGAAGAAGAGGAUGCUGCAGCAGGCUGAUGAGGGGGUCGAGAGUGAGAAGAGCCGGGGAGAGGAUGCUAAAAUCAGGAGGCUGUUCAAGCAGAAUGAGGUUAAAUUGGGCCGGGAUAAGAUACAGAAUAAUGUUCCGCUGGAGGAGGACGCGAAGAAAGUGCUGGGCCAGAUUUUCUAGACCUUGUCUUUCUAUGCUCUACGCAGUGUGU